UAAAAACCAUCAACAAACAAACAAUAAUCUUUUGCAAUCAUGGCUUCAGUAUGGGCAUUUUGUUCUCCAUUCCUCUUUUCGAACACUUCUUCGAGUAGAAAAAAUAUUGUUGCCUGUGAAAAGCUAUUAAUUCAUAAAAACAAAGUUAUGGAUGUGCCUACCACGGCAACCUCAGUUAGAAGAUCAGGAAGUUAUCCUCCUUCAAUAUGGUCAUAUGAUCAUAUUCAGUCCCUCACUAGCAAAUAUACAGGAGAGAAGCACAUGCCAAGAUUGCAGACACUAAAAGAAGCAGUGAGGACCAUGAUUUAUAAAGAUAAUGAAAAGGAGGAGAAUCCGCUGAAGUUGCUCAACCUGGUUGAUGAUUUGCAGAGACUCGGCAUAUCUUAUCAUUUUGAGAAUGAAAUAAGCAAUGUCUUAAGAAAUAUAUACUACAACUUCUAUGAAACUCCUGAAAAGUGGACUAAAUUGGAUUUAAAUCUUAAAUCCCUUGGGUUUAGAGUCUUGAGACAACAUGGAUAUCAUGUCCCUCAAGAGAUAUUUGAAGACAUUCUGGAUGAUACCGGUAACUUCAAGGGACACUUGCAAAAGGAUAUCAUCGGUAUGCUAAACUUGUAUGAAGCUUCUUAUGUUUCAGUAGAGGAUGAAGAUAUAUUAGACGAUGCUCGAGAUUUCACGACUAAACAUUUGAAAGAAAGUUUAAAAAACAUUGCUGAUGAACAUUUGUCAUCGUUAAUAAGUCACGCGUUAGAUAUUCCACUUCAAUGGAUGGUUCCACGAGUGGAGGCAAAGUGGUUUAUUGAAGCGUAUGAAAAACGAACUGACAUGAACCCAACAUUGCUCGAGCUUGCCAAACUGGACUUUAAUAUGUUGCAAGCGAUUCACCUAGAAGAUUUAAAACACACGUCAAGAUGGUGGAAAAAAACAAGCUGGGAUUCAAAGCUGCCCUUUCUUCGAGACCGGUUGGUGGAGAAUUUCCUCUGGACGAUUGGUACCAACUCCCUACCACAGUUUAGUCCUCUAAGGAGAAUGCUAGCACAGGUUUUCGCUAUGAUUACUUCUAUCGAUGACGUCUACGAUGUGUAUGGUACUUUGGAAGAAGUUGAGCAAUUUACUGCGGCUGUCGGCAGAUGGGAUAUCAACUCUAUUGAAGAGCUCCCCGAGUAUAUGAAGAUAUGUUUUGUUGGAUUGUAUAACUCAAUAAACGAGAUCGCAUAUUAUACAUUGACAGAAACAGGGUUCUUCAACCUUCCGCACUUAACAAGAGCGUGGGAAGGAUUGUGCAAGGCAUACCUAAAAGAAGCUCAGUGGUACCACAGUGGAUACAAGCCAACACUUGAAGAGUACUUGGAAAAUGCUUAUAUGUCAAUAUCACUUCCUUUAAUGCUCAAGCAUAUUAGUCUUGUAACAUCAGUUACUCCAACCGAAGAACUCCUGCAUUCCAUGGAAAGAGCGGAGAACAGCAUUCGCUACUCAGCGAUAAUCCUUCGGCUUGCUGAUGACUUGGGGACAUACACGGACGAAAUGAAAAGAGGUGAUACGCCAAAAUCAGUUCAGUGUUACAUGAAUGAGACUGGUGCAAGUGAAGAGGAAGCUAGAAUGUAUGUGAAAACGUUAAUACUUAACACAUGGAAGAAACUUAACAAAGAAAGAUCGAGUGUAAUUAACUCUCAGUUUUUAAAGGAGGUUAUCGAAUGUGGAACAAACUUGGGUCGAAUGGCACAAUUCAUGUACCAUGAAGCAGACGGACAUGGUCAUCGUCCAGAUGUCACAAAAUCUCAUGUAUUAUCAUUACUAGUCAAUCCAAUGACAUAAUACUACAGCAUAUGAACUUGUCAUAUAUGUGAGGUGGAGUUUAAUAUA